AUGGGGGACGGCGCCGAGCCGAGCGCGCGGCGGCGUGGGAAGGUGAAGUGGUUCAACUGCACCAAGGGAUUCGGGUACAUCACGCCGGACGAUGGUGAACCCGAUGUAUUCGUCCAUCAAAGCGCGCUGAAGAUGGAAGGAUUCAGAAGUCUGUGGCAGGGCGAUUCUGUUGAGUUCGACGUCGAGCACGAGAGUCCGACGGAUGAGCGAUUGAAGGCGGUGUGCGUUACGGGCAUUGGUGGAGCUCCGUUGAAGGCGCCGCCGCGAACGAAUUACAGACGAUCAAGUAAGAAGAGAGGGCCGAGACGCGAGUCAGACGGCCCCAAAGACGAAAGCAAAACAACUCAAAGGACUGCGUAG